UGUGUACUGCACUGCAAGUAUUGGGGGGCGUGGUUGUAUGCAAUCUUCAAAACAGAUGUGUCUACAGCUAGCUAGCUAGACAGUACAUGUAUCUCCACUGCCUAGCGCCUCUGCAGCUGAACAAUAACACCUCCGUACGCUACGCUGAUGUGCAGUAGACUGUGUACACUAUUGUUGUGAGAUUCUACUCGUCUACUAUAUUCCAACUUUAACCCCAAGAUGACUCUAUUAUCGAGACGAACACUGCUCAACGUAAUGGCGGGGAUGCUAUUGGGGUUAAUCAUAUCUCCCAUAAUGUGGCUACAGCUGUACUCCCCACCACCUCUCAUACAAUCUAGCAUUAACCCUCUGUGUCCUGAAUUACCACGAAUCCAAAUUCGAAAUCAAGCAGCUCCUAUUCAAAAUUCAACUUUGAAUGUUCGAAAUUUCACAGAAUUAUCUCGUGUUGAAUUAGAUCGAACCAUAAAUGCUCCAAGUGAUACGCAAACCAGACCAAGGCAUUUAUCUCAAGAAUUGGCGCCAAGGAAAUUAUUACUUGCUGGAGUUGUUACCGCUCGCAAAUAUUUAGAUACUAGAGCACUUGGAAUUUGGAAAACAUGGGGAAAAGAAUUGAGCGAUUUAUACUUCUUUUCUUCGCAACCUGAACAAAAAGGUCUCGAAUUUUUACCAAUAAUUACUCUGCCAGGAAUCAACGAUACCAAAUAUCCACCGCAACGAAAAGUAUACCGUAUGUUGAAGUACAUGCAUGAUCACUUUAUUGAUGAUUUCGAUUUUUUUUUGCGUUCUGACGACGACGUAUACAUUAAAACCGACCGAUUAUUAGAACUACUACAAAACACAAAUCCUGCUCAAGAUAUUUAUAUGGGGUGUCCGGGUUUUGGUCGCCCUGACGAUCGGAAGAGGAUUAAACUGAAGGACAAUGAACACUACUGUAUGGGGGGACCUGGUGUCAUCUUCAGCCGUAGUGCUCUGAGGAAAUUAGCUCCUCAUUUGGAAAACUGCCUGGAGACGGUUGUGGUCAGCUAUAACGAGGAUGUUGAAGUGGGACGCUGUGUGAGUGAGAAACUGCAGCUACAGUGCACAUGGUCCUGGGAGGCAUCAGCUCUCUUCUGGGCAGACUACAAGAAGAUACUAGUAACUCCAGAGAUGUACACCAACCCUAGUGUACGCAAGGCCAUCACUCUGCAUCCUCUCAAGGACCCUAACCUCAUGUUCAGAAUGCAUCAAUACGCUCUACAACUACGCUUGGAGAGAGUCAUGAAAAUAGCUGCCGGUGUGCAGGAGAAAAUCGAUGAAGUCACAAAAAUAGUACCCCAAGAAAUGACUCACUAUCAAGCAAAGAAGUGGCUCUGGUACGACAUGGCGAAUAACCCGACCUCAAGAUACGAAAUGGCGAUUUGGGAGUAUUUUAAUUCAAGUCGGCAGUUUUUAGCGUAUGAGCACAUGCCAGUCGUUGGAUUACCGAGUUCUCUAAAAACAGGCGUCAAUUUAGCAUUAGAAGUGCUUCUGGAUAUCAUGAACGAGCGCGAGGGGUCAUCACAUCCGUUCAUCCCCCCCUACCAUUUGUACGAUGGUUUUACAUCACUCGACUAUUCUUCAGGAGUACAAUACUCUCUCCACAUGUCCGUAAAUAGAAAAGGGAUAACAGCUCCUCAAGACUACGUAGCCGAAAUAUUUCUUCCUUUUCACGGAGCUGGAAUGGCUGUCUACGAAAAAUCUGAAAAGCGAUUUGCAUCGAUGGUGCAUAUCAUUGUAAGCAUAGGGAAAACUACGGAUAUGACAGAGUUCCUUCGUAUGUACGAGACAGUUUGUAUAAAGCAACAAUUACCCACUCAUCUUCACGUGGUACAGUUUGGUACCAACAGCCAAGCCAACGAGCUCAUCUUGAAUUUAAAGUCUCGUCAUCCCAAAAUUGGAAUUACAACUAAACACACUACGAGUAAGUUUUCACACUUUACCGGCUAUCAGCAUGUAUCUGAGCAUCUCCAUGACAACGAUCUGAUGCUGUUUUUCGACUAUAAUUUCGUAUUUACGUCGGAUUUUAUCGAUCAUUGUCGGAUGAAUACUAUACAACACAAGCAAACGUACUUUCCAACUUUAUUUUCCUUUUACAAGCCGGAACUUGUACUGAAAAACCAGCAGCGGCCACCGCAAACGCUCAUUUCCGCUGACAGUGGGUUUUUCCUUCGAUAUAACUACCAAGUCGUAUCCAUAUAUAAAUCUGAUUACGUAAGGAUAUCUCAAACAUCCGUUUCCACGAAGGAACACUCAAACGAAGACAUGAAGUUUUUGGAUAAAGUGCUGGCGAGUGAUGUGUAUGUGAUGAGAGCAUUAGAACCUUACUUGAGGCGGACGUAUAGAUCACGUACAUGCCAGGGACUGACUGGAAACACACGACUAGCUUGUUUGAAUUCUCGGGCAGAUACGGUUGGGAGCAAGAAGAUAUUAGGGUCAGUGCUCGUGAGUCACGACUUAUUAGACUCCAUUUAAUUUUUUAUCAGCAAUUAUUUUAUGCUUUUACCAAUUAUUAUACGUGGUCAAAUAUUAUUUUGUUGCCCACUUUAUUAUUUUAUCUUCUGUACUAUAAAGCAUUAAAACUGAUGAACAAUUAAUUAUUUUG